GUAUAAAAGUAUUUACAAAUUUUGUGAUUUUUUCUGUUACUGUAUUGUACAAUUAAAUAAAUCGCUAGAUGCAGACGGUUUUUAAAAUUUAUUUAUUGUCAUUUAUUUGAUUAGUGAUAGAAUAGCAGUAGGCAAAUAGUUACUUUUAUGGUUUCUCACUUUAUCAGACAUUUUACGUAAUUUGUUAAAUAUAUUUUCCAGAUAAAAUAUUUGUUUAACAUAAUGGAUCCAGAUAGAGAUCUUGAUAAAUGUAAUGAAAUUGUAUUGAAGUUGGUAAAUGAAGUUGGUGAAAUUAUAUCCACUCGAAGUGCAAAUAGGAAGUCUUUCAUAUGCAAGUCUAGUGACAUAGAUUUGGUAACAGAAACAGAUAUUGAAGUAGAGAACCAUUUAAAGACUAAUUUGCUAAAAAAAUUUCCAUCACACAAAUUUAUUGGAGAAGAGGAGUGCAGUUCUGGUCAAAAAGCAGAAUUAACAGAUGCCCCAACAUGGAUUAUUGAUCCAGUUGAUGGUACUAUGAAUUUUGUCCAUGGCUUUCCACAUUCAUGUAUAUCAAUAGCUUUAGUAGUAGAUAAAGUUAUUGAAAUUGGAAUUAUUUAUAAUCCAAUGUUAAAUCAAAAAUUUACAGCUCGUCGCGGUCGUGGAGCAUUUUUAAAUGGUGAGAAAAUUAGUGUAAGUUGUGAAAAGGAGUUAAAAAAAGCGUUAGUAGUUUCGGAAUUUGGAACAAGUAGAGAUGCAGAGAAAAUUAAAGUCGUUCAUGAGAAUUUUCAAAGAAUUUCAGUUCUUGCUCACGGUGUAAGAUGUCUAGGGUCCGCUGCAUUAAAUAUGGCUAUGGUUGCACUAGGAGCUGCGGAUGUAAACUAUGAAAUGGGUAUACAUUGUUGGGAUGUUGCUGCAGGAUAUAUUAUAGUUCGUGAAGCAGGUGGCGUUGUGGUAGAUACAAGUGGAGGAGAUUUCGAUAUGAUGUCCAGACGCGUUUUAGCUGCUUCUUCUGAAGAAUUAGCUAAAGAAGUUUCAAGAAAUUUAACACAAUUUCAACCAUUGCCAAGAGAUGAUUAAAGAAGACGAUAAUGCGUAAUAGAUAUGCUUUUUUUUCUUAAUUAGAUUUUGAAAGAUAUUUAAUUAGACAUAGCAGUUGGUCACUACAUUGAUGUAAUAUAAUUUAAAACAUGAGUUUUGAUAAUCAUUCAUGUUAGUUAAAAAAGUUAAAAGUAAAUGUUAAUAAUAAAAGUUGUUUGUUUAAUAAAAAUGAUAGAGAACGAAAAAGAUUAUGAAAAUAUUUUGUUGUAAUUCUAUAAGAUUUUUUGCUGCAGAAUGUUCAGAAGCAAAGCUGUUAGGAAUAUUCUAAUAUUUGUUGAAGAUGCCUACUUUAAAAAGAAAUCGAAUAAAUAUAUAAUUGCAAAAUACUUUUAAAAAAUAUUGAUACA